UUCUCCUUAUUUCUUUUUGCAGUACAAAAACACGACAAAAACUUCUCUUUCUUCCUCGUCUAUAUAUGCAUUUUGCAUCUCUAUAGAUGGGAGGGAAACCCCAUUUCCACGUUGGAUUCUCUUUCCAACUCAGUUUCUUCUGAUACCCAUGUCUCGUUUUCUCUUCUUUCUUUCCCUUUUCCUGUCUACACUCCUCCUCGCCACCGCUCACGGAGGCAGCGGCCAUGAAGACGAUGCAGAUGCCGAUUCUGGUAGUGAUGCUCCGGUCAAUCUACGGGCCAAGCCCUUAAUUUUAGUGAAAAUAUGGUGUUUGAUUUUGAUAUUUAUAGGGACUUUGGUUGCUGGAGUUUCACCAUACUUUAUGAAGUGGAAUGAAGGGUUCUUGGUUUUGGGUACUCAGUUUGCCGGUGGGGUGUUUCUGGGGACUGCUCUGAUGCAUUUUUUAAGUGAUGCAAAUGAGACUUUUGGGGAUUUGACUAGUAAAGAAUACCCUUUUGCUUUUAUGUUGGCUAGUGCUGGCUAUUUGAUCACUAUGCUUGCUGACUGUGUUAUUUCUUAUGUUUAUGGGAAGGGAAGCAAUGAGGUUAAUGGUGAUUUAGAGCUUCAAGAUAAUGUUCAGCGUGGAAAAACAAAUCAACAAGAAACUUCACAUUCACAUUUUGCAACUGUUAGUUCAUUUGGUGACAGCAUUUUGCUUAUAGUAGCUUUGUGUUUCCAUUCAAUCUUCGAGGGGAUUGCGAUAGGAGUUGCAGAGACAAAAGCUGAUGCUUGGAAAGCAUUAUGGACAAUAAGUCUGCACAAAUUAUUUGCAGCAAUUGCAAUGGGAAUAGCUCUUCUUCGGAUGAUACCUGAUCGCCCCCUUUUAUCGUGUGUCGCCUAUGCUUUUGCAUUUGCCAUAUCAAGUCCAGUUGGGGUGGCUAUUGGGAUUGUUAUAGAUGCAACAACUCAAGGUAGAGUUGCAGACUGGAUUUUUGCCAUAUCUAUGGGACUGGCUUGUGGAGUGUUUAUUUAUGUAGCUAUAAAUCAUCUGCUAUCCAAAGGAUAUAAGCCCCUAAAUGCUGUUUCAGUUGACACACCAUUCUUUAGGUUGGUGGCAGUUUUAUUAGGAAUUGGUGUAAUUGCUGUUGUUAUGAUAUGGGACACCUGAUGAAAAAUGCAGAGAGAUUGUUUGCUUGAUUUUGGAGAAGUAGGUCUUACAGUUGGUCUCUAGAUAUAAAGCUUAGAAAACUGUGAUAUCAUUCUACUAGUUUGCUAGUAAAGAGGAAAUGGUUUAUUGUGAACUCUCCGUGGUUCCACUUUAACAAAAGAAUUUUAUUUUGUUCCCUCUGAA